AUGUCCCUCCAUUCCCUCCCAGAUGAACUCAUACAAGGAGUGAUCAAUAGUCUCUCCUCUCAUCGUGAUGUUGCCUCACUUUCCAUGCAAUCUCGCCGCAUAUAUCGCCUGUGUGAGAUGUCCGCUCGGCGCAAAUACCUCCGAGUAAGGCUGAGAAACACCUCAGAUUUUACAAAAGCCUUUGGGAUGUUACUAUCAAUCUUAAAGACACCCCGACUGGGUUUAUAUGUCCGUAAUAUCCAGCUGGAGCGAUCGCCAUCAUUACGGUAUGAGGUUGUGGAGAGCUACCAACUACGCCGUGCAGAAAGGGUACUAGAAUUAGAUGACCUGCUUAGGCUUGAAGAAGCCAUUAAACAAUUGGGGUUUGAGUCGGUAGAAAAGCAGGAGAAAAUUUUGAAUAUAUUACUACAGGACCCUGCUACCAUGGAUGACAAUGACCCACGAUCUCCAUUUUUGGCUCAGGCGCUGGCAGCCCUCCUAGUUUCCAUCUCACCGAUGCUUGAGUCUCUGAGCUUUUGCCCUGUGGGAUAUGAAGAGCCUAUGCUCUUGAGACUAGAAGCAGAAGCUGAUGGCGAGCCACUUCCCAUAAUUGACUAUGUAUUCAAGCAUUUCCUUGAACUGGUCUGUGAGAAGAACAUGCCGUUCUUACAGAACCUCCGAGCUGUUAGAUUCCUAGUCGAUCUAAAUACCUGCGUGUAUGAAACAUCAUAUUAUCAACCCUAUGACCUAUUCGGCAGUCUAAACCUAGUGCGACGUCUGCCAGCGGUGGAAUCUGUCCAUGUGGAUGCUAUUUCUGAUCCACAUCUCCCAAGUGUUGAGCCCCCACCUCGAUCGGGAAAUUAUACCUGUAUCACAAUUCAGCACUCCAGCCUUCAUUGCCCAUACUUGGUUUAUACAAUCGAAUCAGCUAAACGUCUGGAGAAAUUCAGAUAUGGGAUCGGCGGCCGCUUCUCAAGGAAUGGUAUGCUGAUAUCCUUCCAUCCAGAGUGUGUCUUUCGGGCGCUUUUUGCUCACAGAGCCUCCCUGCGCCAGCUGGAUCUUGAUGUAGAAGGGCAAACUCGUCUACUAGACCUUAUUGGUCUGAGGUAUCUGAUGUACACCAUAGAAGAAGAAGAAGAGCAGGAAUUGCCCAGGGAUGAUCCAGUUUACCUGCAUGAGUGGGCCGAUGAACUUCAGAAGGUUCCUGUGGAGGAGGAACAAAUACCUUCUAAUACAUCUGUGGAUGCUUGCUCUCUUGGAAGCUUCUCACAACUAAGAGAGCUCAGUAUAGGGGUUCAUAUUCUUUAUCUUUAUGCUCGUGGAUAUGGUGGCGAACAGCGUGGUGACCMGUGGGGUGACCAAUUUGUCGAUGAAUCUUUUUCCCUUGUCGAUCACCUGCCGCCGAAUCUCGAGUCACUUCGCCUAUAUGGCUACAAGAAGGGAAUGAAGCCGCGCCUGAGAGGUGUUCCACAAAACUUGCUUGACGACCAGCUUGCUAAGCUGAUGGCGGAGAAAGAUCAAAAGCUCCCACGACUUGCCGUUAUUGAGGGUAUCGAGGAACUGAUCCCGAAUGGUGAGACGUUAGAGGGGCCCGGGAAUGACGAUAAGCUUUGGAAGGGGGAGGCAGAUGAUGAAUGGACGGAGUAUGAGUAUGAAUAA